AUGGCGUCCGGCCAGCAGCUCCGACGACACAUGGUGAAUUUGUGGCUUCGCGGUUACAAAUUCCGCGCAGACGACGCCCCCGUGAAGAAGCCUGCCCCUGCGCCAGCAACCGCCGAAAAGGACGAGGCGCGGGCUGAGCCAGCUGCACCGGCGCCGGCACCGGAGGAGCCGCCCACACCCGCGCCGGAGGCGGAGCCUGCGGCUGAUGCACCCGCCGAGGCUGAGCCAGAUCCGCCGGCAGCUGAAGCUGAGGCCGAGGCGCCAGUGCCUGAACCUGAAACCGUCUCGCGUGAUGCCUUCAUUGCAGCCGCGGCUGCGAGGGUCGACUUGGAGCAUGCGUUUGCAGAUUUCAAAGAGGCAGCCAUAAACCUGGAUGGUAUUAGUAAGGGGCAGUUGAUGGAACUUAAGAGUAUGCAGGCACUGCCGAAGCCUCUGCUCGACAUCCUCACCUGUGUCUCCAUACUCAAGGGUGACAGGCCACAGCCCGGGCCUCAUAUCUGGAAAUCCAUCAAACAGUCGAUGAGCAACACCGCUUACUUCCUUGAUCAGCUGCAAUGCAUUGCCCCUGAGUGUCUGGAUGAGGCAGACAUCAAGCGCGUGCAAGACAUUCUCGCCACGCCAGAUAUGACCCCGCAGGCGGUGAGCAAGUUCUCGACGGCCGCACCAAUCAUGCUCACGUGGGUGAUUGCGUUGGUCGGUGUAUGGAUCAAGUUCAAGGUCUACACGACGACGCAGGGCGAGACGGGCGGUGAGACGGAGGCUGAGGCAAGCGCGCCCACGCCCACUCCAAAUCCAGACGAUAUGGCGCAAGCUCAGGCAGCGUUGAGCGAGGCGCUCGCCGGCCUCAAUAAGGUGAGAAAGAUGGACAUCAUGGAGGUGAAGGCUAUGAAGACGCCGCCGAAGAUGAUGCAAGACGUGUUCACGUGCAUCGCCACGCUCAAGGUUGUGCCGCAGCCCGACAAAUGGGGGAGCAUCCUGAAGAUGCUUUCGGACACGGGCUUCAUACGGUCGCUGCACACGAUUGGCUGGCAGGACGUGAGUGAGCGGGAGGCGAAGCGCGUCGACGCUAUCCUUGCUUCGCCAGACAUGACGCCAGAGGCGGUGCGCCAAAUAGGAGGUCCCGCCGGCGAUAUCUUCUUCGCAUGGGUCGUCGCACUGAUGAACCUACGGGCCCUCAUGACGAGACCAGCCCAGGCGGAGGGCGAGGCGCAACACACGCCUGCGCACGGCACGCCUGCUGGCGUGCUGCCAAACCUUGCGGACGGUUCGGAGCUCGUGUGGGUUCAUCUUGGCGGGGCGGAGCUCGAGCCGCAGCUGCUCGUGGACGCUGAGAUGGGUGCCGCACCGAUACGGCUGGUGGAUGCGCGCUAUCUGAUCGCGCUCGCACAGGACGGCGGGCGCCUUGGGCGCAGGCAGGACCUACCGGACUCGGCGUUUGUCUCGUUGGAGACGUUGCGCCGGCUCAGGAUUGGCAGCAGCAACUCCCUUCGGAUUAUCGUCGUCAGUCACGCGUGGCUCACUCCGUGGCAUCCCGACCCCCACGGUGACAACCUAUGCCUCCUUGCCAUCGCGCUGCGCAUGAUAGUCGACGAUCGACAUGACAGCGCCGAUGCACCGGACGAGCUGCAGACGUACGCGGUGAUGAUUGACUUCUGCUCGGCCCAUCAGAAGGGCAAGUGUGGUGAGGCGCGGACGACACAGGAGCAAGCUCUCUUCACAAGGGCGCUCCACAGCAUGGGCGACUGGUACUCGCACCAGGAGACGACGGUGAUCAAGCUCACCAAGCUGCCCGAAGGCUAUCCGAACGGCUUCGACUUCCCGGACGGCAUGGUCGCAAACACCGCGGACUAUGCGGGGCGUGGGUGGUGCUUCGAGGAGGCCUCGGUCGCCGGCCUCAUCAAAUCGUCGGGCAAGGUGCUCGACCUCGGCCAGUAUGACAAGGCCUCCAACCUCGACGAGCUGAAGAAGGAGUGCAAGGCUGGCCGCGCCCCGCCACUCACGCCCGCCGAGUUCGACAGGCAGCUCGAGACCAAGUCGUUCACCUCGAAAAAGGCUGACCUCGCUCAGGUGCAGGCCCUCUACCUGCACGCGUAUGAGAGCCGAUUGGGCUGCGUGACGGAACUGUGGCUGCGCGAGCUUGGGUGGGCAGACGCCGAGUGCGAGCAGCUCAUCUCGGUGAUUCGCUCCGGGGUGCUCAAAGAGCUCGAGCUGCUGGUCCUCAACCUCAACGAUAUUGGAGACGACAGCGCCAACCUCCUCGCCGCCGAGAUACUGAACGGUGCGCUGCCAAAGCUCAAGGAGCUGAGCAUCUAUGGCAACGCGCGCCUCUCGAGCCGGGGGUUGGAUGAGCUUGGGAUGGCGUGCAAAGAGAGGCGCGUGGGGCUGAUUACGGAGGGACCAGGCGGAUGA